AUGACCAACCAGGUAGUAAUCCGCUUUAAAGGCCCCGAGGAGUGGCAGGAACAACAAGACAACGUCAAUAAGAUCUUGAAGGAUCGCACUGGAACUUUGGAUUAUCCUUCCACCAGAAGUUUUCCCCCAAUGAUAUUUGGGGUUGAACUUGAAGCAGAUGCUAUUGACGAGUUGAAAGCAAUCAACGGAGUUGUAGUGCAAAUUUCGGAGGAUGGGUAA